AUGCCGGAUCCCAAGGAAGUCAUUUCGAAUAGCCGUUUCCAUCGCCGAAUUUCCCUCAGUACUAGCCAGGGUCAGCUCAGCGUCUCCUUUGCCGACAUUGGCUGCGAGAAUGGGCCCGUGAUAUUAUUUUUGCCGGGCAUGUUCGCAUCGCGCUAUGCAGGGAUUCUACUGCAUGCCAUUGCAGAGAAAGCGGGCAUCCGUCUUCUCGUCAUCGAUCGUCCGGGGAUGGGCGCAUCCACCGACGUCCCUCUCGCUCACCGCGUGGAUACAUGGAUCGAGGUCAUGCCGCAAGUACUGUCAUAUCUCCAAAUUCAACGCGUGAGUUUGGUCUCACAUAGUGCUGGCACUUUCUACUUGCUUAACACGUGGGCCAAGUGUCGUCAAUAUAUCAACCCAGAAGCGGCCGUCAUAGGUAAUAUUGACAUUCUUCCUGUCCGUUCAGCUCUUCAAGAGCCUUCUUUUACGACGGUUAUCUUACUCACACUGCCCUCUUCAGCUCCGUGGGUCGACUUGAAAUAUUCUCGCGUACUAUCACUGCGGGCUGCAUCGUACAUCCCCUCGAAGGCAUUUAGUUUUUGGAACGAAAUCCCGCGCUUCUUCGUGACGCAGGCGAGCCCUGUCGUAUCCGCCAGCGGUGCCUUCGUCCGCUAUUGGUCGCCAUCUGCGAGCAGCAAUUCCGAGGACACCGCAAGUGAUGUUGCUUUCCUGGUCACAAAUUGGCGCAAAGUUGAGCGAGACUAUGGCGUACCCCUUUCUGAGCAAAAGGAGCUGGCGCAACUUGUCGGUCGCUUUCUGCACACCGAAAACACGGUCGGUGCCAACAGCGAGGCCAUGCAAUGUCUUCGUAAAGAUGGCGGUACUAGUUGGGGAGUCUGCUCUGAUUAUGUGGACUGCGCGAAGGCCCUCGCGACAGAGCCAUUCACUCUGCGCGCAUACUUCGCCGAAACAGAUGCCUUGAUUGGGUCAAAAGGUCAGCAAUAUUUUGAAAAUUGUUGGCGUGGCCCUGGUGUGGAGGCGAUCGAAUUCACUUCGAAGACAAUACCUCAAUCAGACCAUGAUACCGUGUUUCAGUCGGUAGAGGUCUGGGAGGACAUAUUCUCCUCUUUCAAGCUACAGUGA